AUGUCGUACUUUUUCUCCACGCCGGUGGACAUUGACAUUGUGCUCGCGAACAACGAUGAGCGGUCGAUGGUGGACAUCAAGCUGGACAAGAACCGGCGCGAGAAGGCGCCGCUCUUCAUGGACGGCGAGUCGGUCAAGGGCGCCGUGACAGUGCGGCCCAAGGAUGGCAAGCGCCUGGAGCACACGGGCAUCAAAGUGCAGUUCAUCGGCACGAUUGAAAUGUUCUUUGACCGCGGAAACCACUACGAGUUCCUCUCGCUCGUGCAGGAGCUGGCCGCACCCGGCGAGCUGCAGCACCCGCAGACGUUCGACUUCAACUUCAAGAACGUGGAGAAGCAGUACGAGUCGUACAACGGGAUCAACGUCAAGCUGCGCUACUUUGUGCGCGUGACGGUGUCGCGGCGCAUGGCCGACGUCAUCCGCGAAAAGGACCUCUGGGUGUACAGCUACCGCAUCCCGCCCGAGAUGAACACGCCGAUCAAGAUGGACGUCGGUAUCGAGGACUGCCUGCACAUUGAGUUUGAGUACAGCAAGAGCAAGUACCACCUUAAGGACGUCAUCGUCGGCCGCAUCUACUUUUUGCUCGUUCGCCUCAAGAUCAAGCACAUGGAGCUGUCCAUCAUCCGCCGUGAGACCACCGGCGUGGCGCCCAACCAGUACAACGAGAGCGAAACGCUCGUCCGCUUUGAGAUCAUGGACGGCUCCCCGUCCCGCGGCGAGACCAUUCCCAUUCGCCUGUUUCUCGGCGGCUUCGACCUGACGCCGACCUUCCGGGACGUCAACAAGAAGUUCUCCACUCGGUAUUAUCUCAGCCUGGUACUGAUCGAUGAAGACGCCCGGAGAUACUUUAAACAGUCGGAAAUCAUCCUCUACCGGCAAGCACCCGAACUCGCCAACGGCGAACACGCAAUACCGGUCCCACCACCGGAUAACCGGAUUCAGGCCGUGCCCGCAUAA